AUGGGCGACGGUUUAAAGUUAUCUAAAGAUAAGCGUCAUAGGAGCUCCAGCAGUCUGGCUGGAGCCAUGUUAGAGGGAACACGUUCCGAACGCAAACUGGACAUGAAGGCUUCUAUACCGGAGAUGGAUGACCAGUUUGCGACAGCUGAAGUACGGUGCGACGACCUUCAGGAGAAAAUUGAUUUAAUAAAAUCUUUAAAAAAGAAAAGGAAACUGAAAAAGCGAAGCAUGACUAAAGUAACAGACCAGCCAAUGACACCAGAAAACGUUCCAUUUAUAACUGUGCGUACGCAACCGAAGAAAAAGGUGUCGCAGCAAGCUGCAAGACUACGUCGGUUAGAGGUGCCACCGAACCCUACACGAGGCUACCUGGACCCUGCUACCGUGGAACAGCAUCGGAUGAUCGGCCAAGUGCGUGGCUACAACCAAACAUUCAAGCCACAGCAAGAAAGAUUUGGGCAGAUCCCUCCCCCAACCAUGGACCACCGACUGUUUCCAAAACUACGGCGGCAAAGGUCGCAUCCUGACGGCGACAGUAUGGGCGGUCAAAGCCAGCCGCCCAACGAAGGGUUGGAGGUAGCUUGUGGACAAGAUGACGCGGGUGAAGAAUAUUCUAACUUCGGCGUCUAUAACCGACCGUCUAACUACCCAGUUGCUACUAAUAAGAAACCUACGGAUUUGCGUCAAAUUAAGCAAACUGCGAGUCGGCGACGGCACGUUCCCAAGGAAACAAUACCUAAAGAAGUUGGAACCAAUCAAGUCUUGGAGGCCUGGCAGACCGGCGCACAGGGUGAGCAGCCGAUACCUCGCCCUCGACGACGAACCACUAAAAGUCAUCAAUCUACUGGUGUAGAUGAAGUGACAGUAAUUGACAAAGGGGAGGACCGGCCAGUGGUGGAACUGUUCAACAAGAGCCGAAAUGGUCCCAUAGAUACACGGAGGCUAGCUGCCGCGGCGCCGGCGCCGGUACCCCUAGUGUCUCUUGCGCCUCAUGACAAGAAAACCAAAAAAGUUCGCAGUACAAAGUACGAUGAUGAUACUGCUCAGAUUGAAGACAUUUUACAGGAACCAAAAAAGGUAAAUCAUGAAGGAUCGCAUCAUCCUCGCCGCAUCAAAUACAGGAGUCGUCGUUAUGAGCUGCCAACAGUAGCGUCUCAGAUGAAGCAGGCUGGCAUGCGGUACUACUACGGGACAUCAAACCACACUAACAUACCGUUUGUAGUGAGCAAGAGUACGGCGCCCUCACACAACAUCGGCGUCAACAUACAACAGGUGUUAAAUGGUCUUAAAAUACAACAACCAUUAUCAGGCAUACCUCUGACUAUAGCGCAUCACAUGGGUUUAGGUCAUGUACCAACAUAUGGAGCGAAGAGUACAGUUGUAGAGCCAUCUCUAGACCACCGUGAGAUAAAUGCGAUCCGAGUUGGUCGGCGGUUGCUACGACUACCGUCCUACAAGUACAUGUCCUACAACCGACUGUUGAGCCUCUACCGCGAGGGAGAUGGGAUGGUGCCUAGGUUUCUACGGGCCAUAUCACGUCCUCACUAUUUCUACACUUCCAUGUACAACCUCGCGACGAAUCGAGAAGAUUUUGAUGGAGCGACGUCGAAAGGUCGUGGUGGUAGUCAGGAAGCGAAACAGAGUCUCGCAGAGUACGCCAGUUUGUAUCGGGAGUACGAACAAGUUGAUAAGUGCAUCAAAGAAGGCAAUUUCGAGCCUGAACUAGAGCGUCGCAGGGACGAGCUCACAAGAGAGUUGGCUGCCCGCGAAGAACAUAUACGCAGAGUGGUUCAAGAAUACCGAACAGGCGGUGAAGCAGACCCAAUCUUACGCGCAUCGGCUUCAACGGCUGAAGAGGGUUACCGACACUCUUCCUUUAAGUUGGGAGACACUCAACAGUAG